GCAACCAUAGGAUCUGAAUUGGUUGAAGAGUCUAUCCAACCAAGCUUAUACUGCCAAGAAGAAAUUGAUGCUGCAGAGGUUCUCCUCUCGGCCACCAGUGUUGUUUCCAGAAGUAGUAAUUGUGCUUCUGAACAAGGCCAGGAGCUGACUGUCUUUCCCUGGAAUGGACUGACGAGCACUGGGAUAUCAAUUACCAAUACUUGUCCUUUGGAUAAUUGGCUGAUGAUUUUUCAGGCUCUGACCAAAUCACACAAGGUGGAGCUCAGUGACCUUCCAGAGUCAGUUCACAUAAUAGGGACAUCCCUUAAGCUCAUAGAUGAUGGCCUAUAUGCAGAUGCAAAGUUGCUUAUCUUGCAGUCUCUUCCACAAUGGCAGCAAUUA